AUGUUUUCUAGGGCGGCGGGCUGUCUUCGACAAGAUGUGAAUCUUCUCUUCAAAUCUCUUCGUUUCUAUCGCCCUGGUGUCGGAGAAUUCGGGCAUCUACCUGAUCCACCAAAAAGCUCAUUUGAGUCGUCAGGUUCCGUUACUCCAGACCAGGCUCAAACGGUUCAUCUAAUCAACGCUUAUCGACGCUAUGGAUACUUGAAAGCCGACCUCGAUCCUCUCGGGCUAUCGAAGGAGAAAAAUGUUCCCGAGCUCAAUCCUGAGAUUUAUGGUUUAUCGACCUCGGAAGAAUUGCCAGGCAAGAAGCUCACUCUGAACGACCUCAAUGAGCAGUUAGCAAAUGUUUACUGUGGGCCGAUCGCUUGUGAAUUUAUGCAUCUUAACAGUUGGGAAGAAAGGCAGUGGUUUUCUUCAAAAUUCGAAGAUAUCGUAGCUUCAGAACUUUCAAACGAAGAAAGAGUGAAACUAGGAAAAUUGAUGCUUCGAUGUGAAAACUUCGAUCAUUUCUUGGCUCUCAAAUUUCCAACUGUGAAGCGUUAUGGGAGUGAAGGCGCGGAGGCGAUGUACGGUUUUUUCUCGGAACUUUUCGACAGUGCGCCGGAAAAAAGGAUAAAACAACUAAUUAUUGCCAUUGCACAUCGUGGUCGUUUGAAUUUGCUAGCAGAAAUGAUGCAGUUUCCACUGAUUCAAAUGUUUAGGAAGAUGAAAGGGAAAAGUGAAUUUCCAACUGAUGUCACCGGGAGUGGGGACGUGCUAUCGCACUUGACAUCGUCAUUUGAACACAAGGGUCCAGAUGGGGAAGUCCAUAUUACAAUGCUCCCAAACCCUUCUCAUCUUGAAGCCGUGAAUCCUGUAGCAAUGGGUAAAGCGAGAGGAAGGAGCAGAUCACUCAAAACGGGAGACUACUCGGAUGAUCGGGCUGCUCGUGUCGGCGAUGAGGUUCUCUGUGUGCAGAUUCAUGGUGAUGGAGCUUUCACUGGACAGGGAAUCGUGAUGGAAUCAAUUGCUCUAUCACAAGCGCCACAUUUUCGAAUUGGAGGAUCAGUUCAUCUUGUCACAAACAAUCAGGUUGCUUUCACGGCCGAAGCGCAUAUUGGUCGAUCGACUACUCACACAACAGACAUUGCUAAGGCGUUUGAGUGCCCCGUAAUUCACGUAAAUGGCGAUAAUCCGGAGGAGGUGAUCAAGGCUACUCGUUUGGCGGUGGCUUAUCGCGAGAAAUUCCGAAAAGAUGUCUUCAUCAAUUUGGUCUGCUAUAGAAGAUGGGGACACAACGAGCUCGAUGAUCCCACAUUCACCAAUCCACAGAUUUAUAAGGCAGUACAUGCGCGUGAGUCCGUUCCUCGAAUGUAUGCAGAUGAGUUGAUCUCCGAAGGAUUGAUCACUGAAGACGAGAUCAAGCGCCAAAAAGAGGAGCACACGGCCAAUUUGAUGGAAGUGUUUAAAGCUGUUGACAAGUCGGAACCAAAAGCAAAUCAUCUGACCGGCUUAUGGGCUGGCUACAAACAAGCGCCGAGUGCUGUAGAAAUAUGGGACACCGGCGUCGAUGUGGACACUUUACGAUUUGUGGGUGCGGGCAGUGUGAAAACACCAGAAACAUUUAAUCUCCACGCUCAUCUAAAGAAAGCCCAUGUUGAGGCGAGAGUGAAUAAACUGGCACAAGGAGAGGGAAUCGAUUGGGCUACUGCUGAGGCAAUGGCGUUUGGUUCAAUUCUCGUUGAUGGUCAUGAUGUUCGGAUUUCAGGACAAGAUGUUGGGAGAGGGACUUUUAGCCAUCGGCACGCUAUGCUGGUUGAUCAAGAAACCGAUGAUUCGUACAUACCACUUAACAAUAUUACAGCGAAAGGAAAGCUAGAACUAGCAAACAAUUUACUCUCAGAAGAGGCAAUUCUUGGGUUCGAGUUUGGAAUGAGCAUUGAAAAUCCGAAAAGAUUAUGCGUCUGGGAAGCUCAAUUUGGGGACUUCUUCAAUGGCGCUCAAAUAAUUAUCGAUACAUUUAUUGCAUCGGCGGAAAGUAAAUGGUUGACACAAUCGGGCUUGGUAAUGCUUCUUCCACACGGAUUUGAUGGAGCAGGACCUGAGCAUUCUAGUUGUAGAAUGGAGAGAUUUUUGCAACUCUGUGAUUCGAGAGAAGAUCAGAAUCCGGUUGAUGGAGAAAACGUGAAUAUGCGCAUUGUGAACCCGACAACUUCGGCUCAGUACUUCCAUUUGCUAAGACGCCAGGUAGUAACACCCUAUCGAAAACCGCUCAUCGUUGUGGCUCCAAAGAUUCUGCUGCGACAUCCACAGGCUGCAUCGACAAUUGCGGAAAUGGCUCCUGGAACACACUUCAAACCAGUAAUCACAGAAAUGAAAAAUACCACCAAUGUCGAAAAGGUCAUUUUUGUAUCGGGUAAACACUGGAUUGCAGUUGAUAAAGCGCGACAAGAGAAAGGAUUGACAGAUAAAGUAGCGAUAGUUCGAGUGGAGCAACUUUGUCCUUUCCCCGUGGCUGAUCUACAGGCAGCUCUAGCGAAAUAUCCAAAAGCUAAAAAGCUGGUAUGGUCGCAGGAAGAGCCCAGGAAUGCUGGUGCGUGGACUUUCGUGCGUCCCCGAUUUGAGAAUGCAAUUGGAGUAUCGUUACAAUUCGCCGGGCGUCCUGAACUCGCUUGGACGGCCACCGCUAUUGGGGAAUAUCAUCAAGCUGAAGCACUUAAGGUGAUCGAGGACACGUUUCGCGAU